CAAAAUAGGACUUAUAACCUAUGAUAAUGGUGUCAUGUCAAAGGGUACAGAUGUUCUUAAGAAGAAACUAGCUAAACGAAACAUAAAACCAUAUGCUGACGUUCUGUUUGAUAAAUCGUCGUCUGAUGUUAUUUGGACAUCAUUAAAGGGGAUCAGAAUAAUUGUGUCAUUUGUGAUGCACACAUGGGAUUUUGGAAAAAUGCUGUGCAAGCUACAUGAACUUGGACUAUAUGGACGACAUCACGUGUUAUUUGCCUACUACAACCCAUUUGCAAGGCUAGAUCUCAUAGAUGAAUCUGUUCACGGGUGCAAUUCAAGUCAAGUUUGGAAGGUUCUAGAAGGAACAAUAGUUUGCUCUGAAUUUCUUUCGUCCAUUCUUGGAAUAUAUCCCGGUCACAGACAUUUUUCAACGAACGAGACAUAUAAAGACUUGGAACGUAUUCUCAAGCCGGGGAUCCAGGUUGCAAAAAGCCUUUAUUUUUCUGCAAUCUAUGACAAUAUUUGGGCAAUAGGAUUGGCGAUUAAUGAAACUCUGAAGAAUUUUACAGUGGACGAAGUCAAGAAUUAUAAGCAUAGUACUAACAAGAAGAAACCAUUACUUGAUUCACUUUACAAAAACCUUCUUCAGGUAGAUUUUGAAGGAGUGUCGGGUCGUUAUUUUUAUAACAAAACAUCUGGGGCAAGACAGAAGGACUGUUAUUUUGGUAUAUGGAACUCAAAUAGGACGUUGCUCGAAAUUGGUUUUUAUGAUACACAAGAAAGAAACCUGACUAUGACACAACCUCCUGCCGUCCUAUUAAAAUCAAAAGGUGGUACAGCGCCAUCCGACUCCGAAAAAGAACACGUUGUCCGUAGACGUAUCAGCAAGACUGCGAUUAUUGUACUUUCUCUGUUUUCUGGUGUAGGAAUACUAAUAGCGUUGAUAUACAUCAUUUAUGCGAUUGUGCACAACAAACACGUAAUGAUAAAAGACGAAUGGCCGAUUAUGACCAGUGUGGUUAUUUUCGGAUGUAUUCUACUUGACGUCUAUGUGUUGGUUCACAUAGCUGACCUACAGACUGGUAUAGAGCCAGAGCCUUUACUUAAAGAUAUAUGUAUGGUUUCUGCUGGACUUCUCAUUUUUGGAUUCACGUUCUUUUAUGGAGGAAUGGCUGUUAAAUUAUGGGGCGUGUAUAAGUUAUUUAG